AUGAAUCAAUACAUCGAGCAAGAAAGCGCCUUUAUUGAGGAGAAACUAAAACAGAAUGAUAAUCAAAUGCAGGAACAUUUUUCAAAUGUUGACUAUAAAAUAAAUAUUGUUUCACACGAUAUUCAAAUUUUCGAAUCUCGGCUGAGCGAUGUAGAUUCGGCUAUGGUGCACCAAGUUAACAGUAGCUUUGUACCAUCCUACAACUUAUUGCUUAAGUAUUAUCCUGGGGACUUUAAGAUGCACCCAGUUGAUUUUAUUUGGAAAGCUUUAGAUGAGGAACACACAUACAAAAAUCCACACAACACAAAUGGUAACCAGAGUGGUGGUUCUGAUAAUCAUAAUGAGCAGAUCUUUCACAAUAGACACAGAAGGAAAUAUCACAACAACCAAAAUAAUUGGAAUGGUAAUAGGAAGAAUAACCACAACUCCCACAACCAGGAAAACCAACAAUUCCUUCACUUGAGGCCUGUCAAGUGGAGGACACUAAUAGAAUUUAUGACCAAGCAACUCUGA